UCCUCGCUCCUGUAGCGGUCUCCGUCUCCCAGCAGAAGACGCAGCCAUGAAUCCGUUAUUCGGCCCCAACCUCUUCCUCCUACAGCAGGAGCAGCAGGGCCUGGCCGGGCCGCUGGGGGACCCUCUCGGAGACGACCACUUCGCCGGGGGAGGGGACGUGUCCCCGGCGCCGCUCGCCCCGGCCGGCCCGGCUGCUUACUCGCCACCCGGGCCGGGCCCGGCGCCCCCCGCCGCCAUGGCUCUCCGCAACGACCUGGGCUCCAACAUCAACGUGCUCAAGACCCUGAACCUCCGGUUCCGCUGCUUCCUGGCCAAGGUGCACGAGCUGGAGCGCCGCAACCGGCUGCUGGAGAAGCAGCUGCAGCAGGCGCUGGAGGAGGGUAAGCAGGGCCGGCGGGGCCUGGCUCGCCGCGACCAGGCCGUGCAGACCGGCUUCGUCAGCCCCAUCCGGCCCCUGGGGCUGCCCCUGAGCGCCCGGCCCGCCGCCGUCUGCGCCCCUUCGGCGCGGGUGCUGGGCUCGCCCGCGCGUUCGCCAGCCGGCCCCCUCGUGCCCUCCGCGGCCUGCCACUCGUCGCCCUCCACCUCCACCUCCUACUCCUCGUCAGCCCGCUUCAUGCCCGGCACCAUCUGGUCCUUCUCUCACGCCCGCCGGCUCGGGCCGGGACUGGAGCCCACGCUGGUGCAAGGGCCUGGCCUGUCGUGGGUGCAUCCCGACGGGGUGGGCGUCCAGAUCGACACCAUCACCCCCGAGAUCCGCGCGCUCUACAACGUCCUGGCUAAAGUGAAGCGCGAGCGGGACGAGUACAAGCGGAGGUGGGAAGAGGAGUACACUGUGCGGAUACAGCUGCAGGAGCGAGUGAACGAGCUCCAGGAGGAAGCCCAGGAGGCCGAUGCCUGCCAAGAGGAGCUGGCCAUGAAGGUGGAGCAGCUGAAAGCUGAGCUGGUGGUCUUCAAGGGGCUCAUGAGCAAUAACCUGUCUGAGCUGGACACAAAGAUCCAGGAGAAGGCCAUGAAGGUAGAUAUGGACAUCUGUCGCCGUAUCGACAUCACUGCCAAGCUGUGCGACGUGGCUCAGCAGCGCAACUGUGAGGACAUGAUCAAGAUGUUCCAGAAGAAGCUGGUCCCAUCCAUGGGGGGGCGGAAGCGGGAGCGCAAGGCUGCCAUCGAGGAGGACACCUCCCUGUCGGAGAGUGACGGGCCCCGCCAGCCCGAUGGGGAUGAGGAGGAGAGCACAGCCCUCAGCAUCAACGAGGAGAUGCAGCGCAUGCUCAACCAGCUGUGGGAGGAGACUGAGGAGACCCUGCUGCUUUGGGAGGAUUUCUCAGGCUAUGCCAUGGCAGCCGCAGAGGCGCAGGGAGAGCAGGAAGACAGUUUGGAGAAGGUGAUUAAAGAUACGGAGUCCCUGUUCAAAACCCGGGAGAAAGAAUAUCAGGAAACCAUUGACCAGAUAGAGCUGGAGCUGGCCACGGCCAAGAAUGACAUGAACCGCCACUUGCACGAGUACAUGGAGAUGUGCAGCAUGAAGCGCGGCCUGGAUGUGCAGAUGGAGACCUGUCGCCGGCUCAUCACCCAGUCGGGAGACCGAAAGUCUCCUGCUUUCACUGCGGUCCCGCUUAGCGACCCACCGCCGCCGCCAAGCGAGGCUGAGGACUCCGAUCGAGAUGUCUCAUCUGAUAGCUCCAUGAGAUAGGGACCCGCCUCCAGCGCCCUGGGGCCCCACUGUGCUGGGAACUCACCAAGGCAGAGGGGUGGGGGGGUUCACAGAAGGGGAACAUCAUCCGUCCCGCCGCACCAAGCCUUGCCCCUGGGGACUGGGGCGCUCCUUCCUCGGGCUUCCUGCCUGUGACCUUGGCC